AUGCCUGCGGUUGUGCGUAUAAAGCGACGCAUCGACGAAGAACCACACACGGCCUUUGUGUUAAAUGGCAAGCGGCGACGCCUUCACAACGAUGAGAACGCCGUGGACGAGGCGGGAGCAGCGGCGUCCGUAGAGCCGGAAUCGGACAAGGACGAGUUGACCACCGUGCUCAAGUUUGCCGGCACGCUCGAGAAGCAGGACGACUGCGCCACUCGACAAUUUGCUGCGGCCAGACUGAAUAAAGCCAGUGCCCAAGAGUUGGUCCAAAGGCAACGAUCUACUGAUGCCACUAUUGCAACCGCAUUGCGUCGGGAGCGUCAGCGUCAGAAGGCGCAGGAAAAUGCUCGAGAGGAAAGAUUCCGAGUGGUCAACUGCCUUCGCAGUACCUUUGAGGAUGAGGCCACGGCAAUAGAUACCCCAGAAGGUCAAAAUCAAGAAUCCCAGCCCAGUAAAAAUCAGAUUACCAUUGUGGACAUCGAAUCCCAAUCCCCACAACUGCAACGAUCCGAAACAGGGAGUUCUGCAAACCAGGAGGAACAGCAUCGAGAUUCAGACGCAACCCUAGAUCAACAACCAGCUGACUCUGAUAUUGGCUAUGUUUACGAUCUUUACGUGCCAGAGAACGAGAUGCAGGCCGCCUAUGUGGAUAUGAUGGACGACAACUAUCUAAGAGUGAUUCCUGUGGGAGAAAUUGUGCUAGAGGAUUGUUACAACGAUCAGGACGAAGAUUAUGAUUCGGAGGACUCUAAUCAGGAGAACUACUACACAAACGAUUACCCGGACGAUGAGGAGGCGGCCAUGGGUUUAGACGAUGAUCUAUGUAGGCAGAUGAACAAAUUCAUGUUGGAUGACGACGAGGACGAUCCUGCCGACUCCAGCGAAGAUGAGGACUAUGCCACCUAUCACGAUCCCUAUAUUCAUACCGUUGACACUGAAGCCGACAGCUUUGUGGACGAUGUGGACUUUUAUAGCAACCGGGAGAGAGGUAGUGCCUAUGAGCGAUAUAAAAGGCGUAUUCUUAGGGAGUUGGAAGAUCAACAUGAUGAGGAUGAUGAUAAUGAUGGUAGUGAAUCAUUUGCAAGUGCAGAUGAUGAAUGAAAAUUAUAGAUUUUUCUAAUCGUAACACUAAAAGUGAAUGCAGAUUUCCAUCCUAGCCCUAUGUUAUUAUGAAAAUUAUAUAUCUUAAAACAAAA